UGUCUGCCAUUUUCUUUGUUUCACCACUCAGAUUCCCUUGAUCUGGACGGUUUCUUCUUCUCGGGAUAUACCAACUCCCCUCACUUCUCUUCCCAACACCCGCAACAAAUACAGUCACAUCACAGCCUUCAACCAUGUCGUACGUCACUCUGGCCCAGCAGGGCCUCAGUGCUACCGAGUCACGCAACUGGGAUGAAGCCGUCACCAAGCUGUCCACUGCCCUGCAGAGCUCUAUGAAUCCCGCCUGGCUCAUUGCCCGCUCAAAGGCCCUGAUCGGGCUCGAGCGAUACGAAGCAGCCCUGGACGAUGCCGACCUGGCGUGGCACACUGCCUAUGAGCGCAACAAGCGUGAUCUCAUGGCCAGCGCCCAGUACCGCCGCGGCGUGGCCUUUUACCACAUGAAGCAAUACGCAAACGCCGACUACUGCUACCUGCACUGUAUGAGACUCAUCAAAGGCGGUCCAGCGGUGCCCAAGGAGGAUCCCGGCCUGAAGCAUGUGGACGACAAGGGAUUCUGGACGGUGACUGCAGACCAGGCCACUGCUGAUGCCCGCAGCGAGGAAGCCGACAAAAAGGACGAUGCUCUCAAAUCCGCCAUGGGCGGACAGGGUCAGUCUCAGCCACAGCAAAGAGAGUCGCGAAUGGCCGGUGUUAUGCGAACCCAGGCCCUCAAGGCGAUGGAGAAGCUGCCGGAGGAUGAUGCUGGGAGGAAAUUGACGACGGCUUUGAUUCCCCAGCAAAAGGAGCUCGCUGUCCACAAGUCUGCCAAAGCUCAAGAUGAAGCCAGACCCGCAGUAACAAAGCCCGUGGUUCCCAGCGAUGCGCCACUCCGCCUUCAGGAUUUCCAGAGCAACACGGCCAUGUCUGUUUCCAUCUUCUCAAAGGGCGUCAACAAGGAGAAGCUCAAGGUGGAAUUUCUUGAAACCUCGGUUCGCCUGGACCCUCUCAUCUAUCCCAACGGCGACGAGAAGGAGUUUCAGCUUCAUCUGUGGGGAGAAAUCGACCCCUCCAAGUCCAAGUUUAGCGUCACUCCCAACAAGGUCGAACUCAGCCUGGCGAAGAAGGCUGCCGGCAAAUGGCCAACUCUCCAAUCCGAUGGAUCCUCAGCAGCACAGCCCGCUGUAGUAAAGCCUGCUGUUGUAGCAGCACCAGAGACCAAAAAAUCAGAACCUGUCGUUGAUUCAGCCAAAAGCGAGCCUUCAGAGGCUCCAGCCGCAAAGCCAUCCUAUCCCACGUCCUCCCGCUCCGGCCCCAAAAACUGGGACAAGGUCGGCGAAGACGAGAACUCGGAUGACGAUAAGGACGUCAACCUGUUCUUCAAGAAGCUCUACAAGGGAGCCACCCCCGAGCAGCAGCGCGCCAUGAUGAAGAGCUUCACGGAGAGCAAUGGAACAUCCCUCAGCACGAACUGGGACGACGUCAAGGACAAGCGGGUUGAGACGGUGCCACCCGAUGGCGUCGAGGCAAAGAAGUGGGAUUAAGUGCUGCUACUUGCUGGAAAGGGUUGCAAUGGAGGACUGUCUAGAUUGACGACAUAUCAAGUGCGUAUAAUGUGCGCGGCGCACGAACGGGACAAAAGGGGCUUUGCGUUUAUUUAUUGUUGCUAGUUUGCUUUAUCGUAUCACAUUGACUCGAGAUACACUCUGUACUAUACACUAAUUUUCUUCUUCUUCUCAUUUCUACUUUGCCCGUUGCUGCCAUGAUGCACUCAAACAUGUCAAUCAUAAAUCUCUACGCUGCAUGCUCAUCAUAUAAAACACCAUCAUCACGCCUCCACACCAGGAUCCAGCUCCUUGACCCUCCUCACAACAUCCCCAUACCACACACUCUUCUUCAACCCACUCUGCGCCAGCCCCGGCGUCCACGCCUCCUCGCCACGAUACUUCUCCGCCAUGCCCCGCGGGAUAUGCGCCGCCCUCGACAAAAAGUCCUCGGCAGCAAUAUACGCCCCCCUCAGCCACCGCGCGCCCUGCCCGCCCUCGACGUCAAACGCAUUCCGCCCAUGCAGCACCCGCAGAUUGUCAAACAGCACGCAGUCGUCCUGCUCCAUCUUGUGCUCGUGGAUGGCGUCCUUGUCAUUAAUCAGCGAGGCGAAGAUGCGCGCCGGCUCGAUCCACUGCCGGAUGUCCUUGACGGGGCUGAGAUACCGCCCCUGGAACGGCGGCGACCAGUACACGCUGGAGAAGCCCGCGGCGUUGCCGUCCAGCACGUAGCGGGAGCUGAAGUAGUGGUGGCCGUGCUUGCCGUAC